UUUACUUCUCUUAAACGCCAAUGCACAGCUUAGUUAUUCUUUCGAGAAUGGCACUUUCUUUUAUUUUUUCUCUCUUUUUUUUCUUUUUUUUCACGUCUCUUCUCAUUCCAUUUUUUCGUAGUUUCCAGCUUUAUUGACAACUCAAAGUGCAAAUAGUGAAAAAGCAGUCAAUUCAAGCGAACGCUUUUUGUUGGAGGAUAAUCAUUAUAACGUCAACAACACAAAAAUUAGCUUUAAUUUCAAUCUUUUGCUUCAACCUCGAAUUUUCUACAACCCUACAAAGAUGUCUAAAGGAACGAUUCUGAAACAAAACACAAACAACGUUCAAGUUAACUCAACUGAUAAUAGAGGCUCCUUCGAAAAUGGUGGGUUUUCACAGACAAGCGAACCUUUUUACAAUGGAGGCUUCAAUAAAUUUGCUAAUGGAGGAUUUGAGGCACUUUCUGAAACUUCCAACAAAAUUACUACUAAUGGGGAAAAUAUAGAGGAAAAUAAUAAUGAAGAAAAUAUUGAUGAGUCUAUGUAA